AUGAUGGUUCAAGAGGAUCUUUGUGUUGAGAAUAAAUUCCCAAUAAGUAAUGGUGCAGCUGGUGCAACUUCUUAUGUAGAAUAUAGCGGUAAUGAAAAAUUUGACGUGUACGAUACGAUUGGAUUAUGUGAAUCAUCCAAAGGAACAAUACCACACAAAGAAGCCAUCAAAAAGAUCAGACAUUAUUUCUCGGCAGUUCAGUCACCCCUCCACUAUAUAUGCUACGUUAAAAAAGGGGAUAGGUUUACUAAUGAAGACAAAAGUACAUUCAAGGAAUUUAAAAAAAUCUUCUCGGGAGGAGAAAGUAACUUUGUCAUCAUCAUCACCGAUAGCACUCCGAAAUGGGCCAGUGAAAAUGUACAGACAAUACGGAAUUAUUUUGGAAAUCUUCCAAUCAUUGCAGUCGAUUUUCCCUUUAAUGACCGUUAUGAUGCUGAGAUACAACAAGGAAUAAGGAUAAAGAGUCGGGAACAUCUGAGAGACUCUUUAUUGAAACUAAGAUAUAAUGGUGUUAUGUUGGAAAUUCUUAAGACUUCAGAGGCAAUCGAGACAAAAGUGGCAAAUAUUGUUGGUUUUUUGCCGAUCAUUGGUGCAACAUAUAAACUGAUCUCUUCCGGAGUAUAUUAUUUUAUAUUACAAAAGCCAAAUAUAGCAAGAAGAAGAUUAAUAGAAGGAAUUGGUGGAGGAGCUGGUGAUAUUCGUGCUCUAAUUGGAGGGGAUCAUUCUGUGAUACCACAACGGAUUUUUGGAAGAUUAUUAACAAGAAAUUGA